AAAAAGUCCGUUCGAAAGCAGGGAAGAAACAAAAUACCUCUGAUACCUCGCUGCGUGACGCAGUCUACUCAAAUGGCGGUAAUGCACUUGUGUUUUCUAUUGCUCGUCGGUGCCUUCAUCAGCCUCUACGGCGGAGCCAUCGGCGCUAAGAUUCUGCUGUAUCCAUACUCUCAAAUGUACAACUCCCGUUUCCGAAACAUUAUGAAGAUUGGGCAAAUGAUGGCAGCGAGAAACCACAGCGUAAGCAUGUUGAUCACGACCGAUAUUAAUCUUAAGGAUAUACCCGAGGGGAUAAUGGUCUUAACUGUCAAGGUAGACUAUGAAACUUUGUCAUUUUCCAGUGAAGAACUUCUUACCGAUGUCCACAAAAACCCCUUUCCUCUCGUCAUGAAAUUGGUUGAGAAAAGCAGGGGCACGUUGGAUGCACUUUUUGGGAACAAAGAGCUACUAGAUACUCUGAUUUCUAAAAAGUUUGACCUUCUGUUUUAUGACAUAAUUGCUACAGAGAGUUUAGUAUUGAGGGAUUAUUUAAACAUCCCGGGAGUCGGGUAUUCUAAUUUGGGAUUCGAUGGCGACUGGACGGUAUAUCCUGAACACCCUGCCUACAUGCCAAAUAUUAUUACAGGAUACUCGGAUCAUAUGAGUUUUUGGGAGAGAUUAAUGAACACAUUGAUGUUAACGAUGACUGUAUUUUUUAAGUACUAUGUCACGGCUCCUUUUAAUGAUGCAAAAGAAAAAUACAACCUCAACAAGUCCUUGCCAAUUACGACAUCUUAUACCAGAUUGUCUAUACUGAUAGUUAACGUAGAUUUUGCUUUUGACUAUCCCCGCCCCGUUUACCCUUGGGUAAAAACGGUGUCGGGUAUCCUUUUCCACCCUGCAAAACCCCUAUCUAAAGAUUUGGAAGAGUUCGUGGAAUCUUCGGGAGAACACGGCAUCAUUAUCAUGAGUUUUGGGUCGAUGGUAGCCGAACUUACGCCAGAAAAAGCAGAAAUAAUAGCCAGGGUUUUUGCACAACUUCCGCAGAAGAUUAUAUGGCGAAACAAUAAUUCUGAUAUUUCUGGAUUGGCAAAUAACACGAAAGUUAUGAAUUGGAUACCACAAAAUGACCUUGUUGGUCAUGCAAAAGCGCGUCUCUUCAUCACUCACUGCGGAAUUAGUGGUUCACACGAGGCGCUAUAUCAUGGGGUCCCUGUUGUUGCUGUACCCCUGUUUGUAGAUCAAUUUAGCCACGCAACAAAGUUUGUUGAACGUCUUGGAAUGGGGGAGAAGUUGGACUUCUACAAUAUAACAAGAUCUACUUUCUCUGCAGUUAUAUUGAAGGUUCUGAAUAACCCUAGCUAUUUUGCCAACGCUAAGCGUGCAGCAGCUAUGGUUCGUGACCAGCCGAUGGACGGAAAGGAAACACUGAUGUACUGGGUUGAGUAUGUUAUCAGAAACAAUGGAACGUUGCAUUUCCAUUCUCAGGCGAUGGAGAGACUUAGCUGGUACCAGUAUUUAUUGCUAGACGUAAUAAUCUUCCUAUUUAUGGUUGUAGUAUGUGUUUUUAUCUUUCUUAUCUUUUGUUCCAAAAUGUUGUGCAGUCAUGUUUUCAAAGUACAACCUCAGUUAAGGAAGAGGGACAAAACUGAUUGAUAUAUAUGUACGUCUUUCGUUUUUUAAUGUUGCUUUAGGUCUCAUUCAUGUGCACGUUGUAUGGGAGAUUAGGGGUCAAUUUUAACGGAGAUAUAAGCUUAAAGGCGACGAUCCAUAUUGGGACUAUCCUUAAGCAGCGUACUGUUACAAACUACAUGUACACGUAUAACGGCAGUCACUUGUAUUGUAUUGUAUUCUAAGAUUACUGUAAAUAUCAUAUAUCAUUAUAACUGUAUUCAUAA